GACGUCGGCCGGCCAUCUCGCGACGCGGUCGAGUGAUCCGAGUCUCUCGUCGACGUUCGACGUGGAAGAGAGCCCGUCUGUCCGUUUACCCCCCGGGGCGCGAAAACCCGUAGUCGAUAACGGGGGCACGCACACGUAUUAGGACGCGCCGGUGUUGCGUCUUGCGUCGCGGCGGUGCAAAUGCGCGCGCCAGGCGAGUACGAGCCAGUCCGCGAACAUCGGGCCAGUCAGUCAGUGGCAAGAAAAAAUGGCGGAUGUCGACUUGAAUAUCGACAACCUGAUACAGAGAUUGCUGGAAGUAUACCACACGCAGAAAGACCAGGUUCAGAAGAAAGCCAAGCUAAAAGAUAUUUUCUCGUCGGACUUUGUCGUCAGAGGAUGUCGACCGGGCAAGACCGUUAUCAUGACGGAGGCCGAGGUACGUGGCCUCUGUCUCAAGUCGCGGGAGAUUUUCCUGCAACAGCCGAUCCUGCUGGAAUUGGAGGCGCCGCUUAAGAUCUGCGGCGACAUACACGGCCAAUACACCGACCUGCUGCGGCUCUUCGAGUACGGCGGCUUCCCGCCCGAGGCGAACUACCUGUUCCUGGGCGAUUACGUCGACCGGGGGAAGCAGUCCUUGGAGACGAUAUGCCUGCUACUGGCGUACAAAAUCAAGUACCCGGAGAACUUCUUCCUGCUACGCGGCAAUCACGAGUGCGCCAGCAUAAACAGGAUAUACGGCUUUUACGACGAGUGCAAGCGGCGGUACAACAUCAAACUCUGGAAGACCUUCACGGACUGUUUCAACUGCUUGCCGAUCGCCGCGAUCAUCGACGAAAAAAUCUUCUGUUGCCAUGGCGGGCUUAGUCCUGAUCUGCAGGGAAUGGAGCAAAUCAGAAGAAUCAUGCGUCCAACCGAUGUACCUGAUACCGGUCUCCUCUGUGAUCUCUUAUGGUCCGAUCCUGACAAAGAUGUCCAGGGUUGGGGUGAAAACGAUAGAGGAGUCUCGUUCACAUUCGGUCCAGACGUCGUGUCGAAGUUCCUGAACCGUCACGACAUGGAUCUCAUAUGCAGGGCGCAUCAAGUGGUCGAAGACGGUUAUGAAUUUUUCGCCAAGCGACAACUCGUCACGCUUUUCUCUGCGCCAAACUACUGCGGCGAAUUCGACAAUGCCGGCGGAAUGAUGAGCGUUGACGAAACGUUGAUGUGCAGUUUUCAGAUCUUGAAGCCGUCAGAGAAGAAGGCAAAAUACCAAUAUGGAGGAAUGAACACGGGUCAAGCCGGUAGACCAUCUACACCACAAAGGAAUCCAGCGAAAAAGAAAUGACAGCCUUCAACCGAACCUGCACAACAAACGCGAUUAUCCUUAAUGGAGGCUAUCAUGCUAGGUAAAUCUGCUUUAUGCUUGUCAAAGAUUACUUAAUCACACUAGCUGACCACUUAUGUGCAUUAUUACGAGUCUAUUUCCCACGAUUAUCAGUUUAACAGAAAAAAAAAGAGAAAAAGAACAGAAAAAAAAGAUGGGAACGAAAGGAGAGCGGAAGGAAGCGAAAUGUGUAGGACGUUUACUCGACAUGCUUAAGUUUUCGCGCAAUGAUUCACCGAUGAUUUAGAUGUAAUAUUUAGCACGCGACGUGUUUCCAACACAUGUACACGCACUCCGGGGCGGACGUGUUUUACGGGACAAAGAUACGUUAAUGGAUUUGCUUGGACAUUAUGGGCUUGCGAAAAUUCUUAAUGCUUUCUAGCCGACGCGCUUGCCAUCGAGUGCCUCGGAUCUGAUCUAGCCUUUGAUUUUCCUGUGUUUCAGCACGAAGACGUCGAGAUACAGAAUUAUAACCUAAUCUGAUAAACAUAAACCUAAACCUAAAAAAAAAAAGUAUAAGAUUUAUCUCUCCCUCAAUUGUAUUUUAACAAGAUAAGGAAAUAUAAAACAAUCCGCGGUGAAUCAAGUUUCGAUUAUCAUCGUACUAAGUACUUGAAGGGAUCGCUCUCGGAAUUUCGCGGCAAUUAUCGUACCACAAACGUGAAGUGAUCCCUCAUAAAGCUAGUGCUCUUUGAAAAGCAUUUCGUCAUUUCUCAUUUGUAUUUAUUGCUUCCACUGUUGAUGUUGAGUGUAAUUAUGAGACUCGCUGUUAUUAUUAUUAAUAUUAUUUUUAUUUGUAAUAGUAUUUUUAUCAUUGCUUUUAGCAGCUAAUUUAAAUGUCAUCGUUUCAUGAGAGAUGCUGCGCGUGUAUAUAGAUAGAUAUAUAUAUAUAUAUACACAUACAUACAUAUAUACAUACAUACAUACAUACAUACAUACAUAUAUAUAUUUUUGACCAUUUAUUUUUUUUCUCUUGAACCAUUAUCGAUUACGAAUUUAAUUAUGUCGUCAUUGUGCAGUAUUCCGAGCGUGGUAGUGACUGCACGUUCCAGAAAUAUGUCGUAGACGAAUUAGGUUGUUUAUUCUCGGGCGAUGAAUGAUCCGGAGAGAAAUACAGAGAACUAUUAUUUUUAAGAUAAACGAUUACGCCUUUAUUUGAAGGAUGCUAGAAGGAGGGAGAUCGUGAAGAAGAGUAGAAUGAGGACGUGUCGCAUUGUAUACAGAGAGAGAGGAGAGAGAGAGAGAGAGAGAGAGAGAGAGAGAGAGAGAGAGAAACAUGUUUAGGUGCAGAAUCUCAGCUUUUUUACGCUCGUGAUGAAAGCGAACGCGAAUGCAAAUGUGCAUUUGUUAUCUGAUUUAUGGAAGAUUUAGUGCAUAUCGUAAAGAUUAUUUUAAACCGUUUGAACAUGUCAGCAGUGAUUUUGCAGGCGGACCUGUGCAUAUUUUGAUUUUAAUGUGUUAUGAAAUUUUGCAUUUAUGUUUAUGCUUCUAGACGUAAGACAUAUUCGUGCUAAAAUAAAGCUCACCGAUUUUUUUUGAACAGGAAAAACAUACGAUGGCAAAUCGCAUUUAAGCGUUUGAUGCAUUUAUUUAAACAUUUGUAGAAUACGUUCUAUCCAGCUUUUCGUUCUCUUUCGUUUUUCCAUUGACUCAGAUUUUACGUAACUGCUGAAUUCGUCGCUGCAGAAAUCGUUGCGGUAAUAGGAUUAUUUUACAGACUUAACUGCAUUGAAUGUUUCCUCGCUGCGCUUCUGCUCUGUCUAAGCGACGUUAUAUUGUUACUUGUAAUCAUCUGUGUAGCAGAAGUCGCAUCUGGCGGCAAAAAUAUAUGCGUUUCGACGAGAAUAUUAUUAUUGGAAAUACUAUUGUAUCACGUAUCCCUGCAGGAAUCUUAGAAAAUCACGUACAAAGAAGAAAAGUUGCAGUCCUCUCUGCGGAAGCGGCGACCGAUUGAAUAGUAAUGGCAGUUCGAGAUUGUAUUCACAGGGAGGAUAUCUGUCCUUAAUAAUGCGCAAUUGUGUUUUCUGGAGAUUUAAGUAUUUAAUAAUUGCUAUUGGCAAAAAAAACCACGAGUACUAUCAGUAAACGUGAUGUGUGUGAACGUUCGAAAUUUACGAAUACGAGGCAUCGAUAAAGCGCGUUUGUCAAACAAUUAAAUGCAGACUGUGUGACGAUUGAUGAGAUUGUAUCGUGCGAGCUAUUAUGAUUGAGGAGACGACCCGGAAACACGGAAGGCCGUACAUCAAAACCGAAAACUCACCUCGAAGCAGAGAUCAAUCAAACGCAAGUAAGCCUUUUCGUGGCGGCGAAAAGUCGCACGAUUGGCUUCUCACAUUAUUAUGCUAUAUUUUACUCAAUGGUUAUGCAUAUUAUUUUAUUGCUAUUUAACGUUAUCGGAUAGCGAAUUUGAACGAAGUUAUUUAUUGUUCGUGACUUGUACGACGAGGUGCAGAGAAAAUUUGUUAAGUUUUAGAAACUGGAGCCGACGAAACGGAAGGUGUCCUUUCCAUCUCUUCCUUCCCUGCGUUUCUCCCCCCCGCCUCCAAUUUUCUCUCCCCCCCUCCCCCCAAAGAAACGCAAGAUUAAUUAUUGUCAAAGGAGCGGUUGUGAUCCCUCGAUAUAUGCGUUCUUUUGUCCGAGAUUCAUAUAUUAUAUACAGAUAUUAUAUUUGUAAAGGGUUGGCCGAUCGCGAUUCGACGAUACUUUACUAAAUAAAUAAUUAAAUGAAAGACGCUCUUGUGUGGAAGGAGUUAGCGACACUAUCGUGGAUUGUUACAUCGUUCGAAUCGCCGAUGACGGAACACGCUAUGCAAUGGCAUCCUAGAGAUGUAAAACUUUCAGAUAAUAAACAUGCAUAUUGUUGUACAAA